UCGAAACAGUUCGUGAUAUGCAGCCAAAUUGAAAGCUCGAAAAAUGAUCAGAUUGUGGGCAAUAGUAGCUAUUCUAGCCUUGGGCUGUGCUGUGGCGCAAGAAGCGGAUGAGCCCAAGUGCGGAGUUUGUCAGAGCGGAAACGAUGCGCUCUGCGUCACGGAGACCUCAUAUUACAAUUGCUUUGGUGGUAACAAAUAUGGAAAUGAGAUUGAAUGCGAUGAGGGCUUCGUUUGCACCAAUGCCGAUUCCAUAUGCGUGAAGAAAACUGAACUCGAGGAACUCCCCGACUUAGUAAAUGUGUGUGGCAGCGGCUCCAGUGGCUGCGGGGUUUGCUCCACUAAUCAAAAGUACACCUGUGUCAGCAAGAAUCAAGCUGGACGUUGUAUUAAUGGAAAAAUAUCGGCCGUAGUUAAUUGCGAAGAUGAUGAGAUAUGUAUGGCUGACAUUGGAUUAACAGACCUGUCCGUCUGUGUGCCACAGUGUGCGGCGGACUUUUUGAAAAAGUCGCCCACCUGCAGUGAGGAUGUUGUAUACACCACAACAACUGCGGCGCCAGCCCCAACGAUCAGUCCAGCUGACCGAGUAGCCAUCUGCGCGAGGGAAUCAAGUGGAGUGACCACAUUGUUUUUCUAUGCUUAUGCCGAUACGACAUGCAAGUCCGCCGUAUACUGCCAGCGGAACAGUCUUACCAGCGCCGAUUGGGUAACCUUGACAAGAACAUGCCCAUCCUCCACGCCGUACUUUGACAUUUACAAAAGAAAUUGUGUGGCCACUAAGCCAACUAGUUGUCCCAUCCCUUCAACUGUUCCACCUGUGACUACUGCUAUACCUGACACUACAACUGACUCCACGGCCGUUCCAGCUGACACUACGGCUGGUGAAACGGGCACAACGGCUGUUACAACUGGCACUACGGCUGAUUCAACUCAGACUACGGCUGUUCCAACUGAAUCUACGGCUGUUACAACAGGCACUACGGCUGGUGAAACCGUCACAACGGAUGUAACAAGUGACAUUACGGCUGGUGAAACGGGCACAACGGCUGUUACAACUGGCACUACGGCUGAUUCAACUCAGACUACGGCUGUUCCAACUGAAUCUACGGCUGUUACAACUGGCACUACGGCUGGUGAAACCGUCACAACGGAUGUUACAAGUGACAUUACGGCUGGUGAAACGGGCACAACGGCUGUUACAACUGGCACUACGGCUGAUUCAACUCAGACUACGGCUGAUCCAACUGAAUCUACGGCUGUUACAACUGGCACUACGGCUGGUGAAACCGUCACAACGGAUGUUACAAGUGACAUUACGGCUGGUGAAACGGGCACAACGGCUGUUACAACUGCCACUACGGCUGGUGAAACCGUCACAACGGAUGUUUCAACUGUCACUACGGCUGGUGAAACCGUCACAACGGAUGUUACAAGUGACAUUACGGCUGGUGAAACCGUCACAACGGCUAAUCCAAGUGGCGAGACCAACACUCCGACCUAGUUAUUUAACUAGCAGUUAAAGCAAGUUUGAAACCUUUCUUAUAACUAAAAUCAUUCAGAUUUAUAUUAUUUUUGUAACAAUAAUAAAUACUGCUCCAAAUAUAUUGAUUAAAUUUUAAAUAUCUUACAUGUAUGAUCGAGUAACAAUUAAAAUUCUUAGUAUAUUGGUAAUUUCCAUGGUAAUACAAUUUUAUGUGUCAGCAAAAA